UUCAGUUCUGCUCGUGGCCGGCACCGCUGUGUUACCCCGAACUGCCGGUCUGAGCAGCAUGACGUCCGCCUUGGAGAACUACAUCAACCGAACUGUUGCCGUUAUUACAUCAGAUGGGAGAAUGAUUGUGGGAACACUGAAAGGUUUUGACCAGACCAUUAAUUUGAUUUUGGAUGAAAGCCAUGAGCGAGUAUUCAGCUCUUCACAGGGGGUAGAGCAAGUGGUACUAGGAUUAUACAUUGUAAGAGGUGACAACGUUGCAGUCAUUGGAGAAAUUGAUGAAGAAACAGAUUCUGCGCUUGAUUUGGGGAAUAUUCGAGCAGAGCCUUUAAAUUCUGUAGCACACUGAGGAAAAACUACAUAUUUGGACAUCUGUAAAUCUUUGUACAGAAACUGAUUAUUCUGAGGAUGAUAUAUGGAAUUUUUAUGAAUGUGUAACUGGAUUUUGACUCCUUGUUGAUUCAUUGUAGUAUGUAAAUUAAAAAAUUUCUACAUUU